AUGUCACGGUGCGUGGCAGAACUGUGCUCGCGCAGCAUAAGAACUCCAAGUAGGCAUGUGGUCUGCAAUUCGUUUCAACCUUUUGCAGCUCAGAGCUUCCGCCAAAUAUCGCGUCGCACGCGACACACUCUUUGCACACGACAAUCCUCCGCAUCUCCUCCAUGCAGAAGAACAAUAUUCAACGACCCCAGACGAUAUCUACAGACCCAAAGAUACGAGUCUUUUGCUCCUCCUUCUCCCGAAUCUCUUGGAAAGGCCGCACCGCCCAAACAAUACCGCCGGUCGAUAAAAUGGGGUCGCAGACUUCUGUACGUCUCUGCGACGACUGGCUUGCUGUACCUGGUUGAUACUCAGCUCUAUGCUUCCUCAAUCACUCGAUCUUUGCGAACUUUUGGACUCGGUCUUAUUGUCGCGCUCGACUACAAGCUCAACUUUCGACCUGAACCUUUCUUCGGCGGAUCAAUAGGAGAUCUACACAGGAGGAACGCGGAGAAACUGUUCAACCUUCUGCACCAGAAUGGAGGAUUAUACCUGAAGAUUGGACAAGCAAUUGCGAUGCAGAGCGCGGUGCUACCUCCCGAAUUCCAGAAAAUGUUCUCUCGAAUGUUUGACGAUGCUCCUCAAAACGAUUGGGCUGACGUCGAGACGGUUAUAAGAGAGGACUUUGGGGGCAGAACUGCCGAAGAGGUAUUUGGAGUGAGCUUCACCAAUGAGCCUGGAUUUGGAGUCAUGGAGAAGAAAGCCAGAGCUUCAGCGUCAGUGGCUCAGGUGCACUGGGCCAAGCUUGCCGAUGGGAGGGAGGUUGCAAUCAAGGUUCAAAAACGAGAGAUAGCGCAACAAGUUGGGUGGGAUCUUUGGGCUUUUAAAGUGGUGAUGAAGAUUUACACCACUUGGUUCAACCUUCCAUUUUACAGCCUUGUCCCGUAUAUCAACGAGCGCCUCAUGCUCGAGACGGACUUUGUGAACGAAGCAGAUAAUUCGGAGAAAAUGGCCAAGCUUGUAGCCAGCGAACCUCGCCUUCGCGGCAGAGUCUACAUCCCAACAGUCUAUAGAGACUUGUCCUCCCGACGGAUCAUGACUACAGAGUGGAUCGAAGGGGUUCGACUGUGGGACAAAGAGACACUUACGGCAACCUGGCUGGGUGGUUAUGGUGCUGGAUCUCCAGGCGCGAAAGGAACACCACUUUCGGUUCCAAAAGGGCCUGUGAGAGAGAACGACGGGACUGGUCUUCUGAAACCAGAACGCAACGAGUGGAAGGGACGGACUGGGAAAGGAGGCCUCGGUCUGUCACUAGAGCAAGUGAUGACCACGAUGAUAGACCUUUUCUCCGCUCAAAUGUUUCUCUGGGGUUUGGUCCAUUGUGAUCCUCACCCAGGCAAUAUAUUCAUCCGUCGUCAGCCCAGCGGACAGGCCGAGCUGGUCCUUAUCGACCACGGAUUGUAUGUCUCAAUGACACCCAAAUUCCGUCGCCAGUACUGCCAAUUCUGGAAAGCAAUCAUGACUUUCGAUAACGAUACCUUGAGCGAGAUCACUAAUGCAUGGGGCAUCAAAGCACCCGACUUGUUCGCCAGCGCCACGUUGAUGCGGCCGUACGACGGAGGUGAAGGUCACAGAGGCACGAGAGACAUGAUUACUGGCGAAUUACAGGGAAAAACAGCAGCAGAACGCCAUUUCGAAGUUCAAGAAAGAAUGAGAGAAAAGAUGCGAGAAACCCUUAGCGAAGAGCUAGAAGAUAAUUUUCCCCGCGAGCUUAUCUUCAUCGGCCGAAAUAUGAGAAUCGUGCAAGGGAACAAUCAAUUUCUCGGGUCGCCAGUCAACAGAAUCAAGAUGACGGGAAACUGGGCAAGCAGGAGUCUGGUCGACGACACAGGCUUGGGCUUCAGUGAAAGGCUGGUGAAUGCUUGGAAGCAUUUCAUCUUCCGUUUCGUGCUAUUCAGCAGUGAUAUUGUAUUCUAUGCCAGCAAGAUCCGGCAAACUUUUGGUUUUGGUGAUGGGAUGGAAGAUGAUAUCGAAAAGCAGAUGAGAUACAUGGCCAAAGAUCUUGGGAUAGAAUUGCAGCAUUCGGUGUUUGAAGGAUGA